AAAUAAAAAAAAAAUAAAUAAAAUAAUAACUUUUUUUUUUGGUGUUUGUGAAUAACCUCACCCCCAAAAACCUCUCUCGUCUUUAACCUUUUUCUUCGUCCCUCUCAAAUCCGGCAUUUUGUUCGCAUCAAAUAGAAAAAAAAAAAAAAAACAUACCAAACAAAAUUAAAAAUAAAUUAUCGUCAUUUGUUUGUGGGGUUGUUAAAAAACAACUAUUGUAAGCAUCAUUAAAAGAUCAACGCGAACAAAAUUGUGUCUAGAAGAAACUCGUUCAUUUUAUUUUUCUCCCAUUCAAUUGUGUUAGUUUUUUUUUCUAUAUAUUUUUGUGUUGACCCUCCUAGAGAGUUGUAUUUUCAUUAGAAAAAAAAAAUAUCACAGAUAAUAAUAGUAAAAAUAAAACCCAUAAAUUUGUGGCAAUGAUUAUUACAAGUUAAUCUUGUAAAAUAAAAUAUUUUUGUGAUCAUUACAAUUGUUGUUGAAUAUUGUUCAUGAUGAUGGAAACAGCAAGUGAGGAGCUUCCUGCUCCACAUCAAGAUGUGCCAGAACAAAAUCCAGAACAAGAACAACAACAACAAUCAUCACAACAACAGCCACCACAACAACAACAACAUCCAAGUGAUGAACCUAUGGAAGAUAAUGAAGAAUACAAUUACGAUGGUGACGAAUAUCGACAACAAUUUACACCAAGAGGUCGAGGUGGCUUUAGUCCACAUGAAAGAAGCGGCUUCGAGUAUGGUAUGCGAGGUGGUGGUGGUAGUGGCGGUCCACCAAGAUUUCGUGGUCGAGGAUUUGGCCCAAGAGGAGGAGGUGGUGCUGGUGGAGGUGGCGGUGGAGGAAGUGGAGGUCAACAACAACAACAACAGCAACAACAACAACAACAAAUGUAUCGUCCAGCAAAUAAUGGUUAUCCUUAUGAAGGUACACCACGUCCAGCUGGUCCACCAGGACAAACUGGAUCACGUUUUCGUGGACCACCAUCAUACGAUCCAAGCUGGGGUCCAAUGGGACCACCAAAUAUGAUGGGAGGACCACCAAAUUUAAUGGGACCACCGGGAAUGGGACCACCACCACACAUGAUGAAUGGUCCAAUGGGUCAAAAUAAUCCUUAUGGACCACCAAUGAAUAAUAUUCCAGGUCAACAAUCACAACAACAACAGCCCAACAAUAUACCAGGUCUGGACCUUAAUGGGGAAGUAUGGGUUGAAACAAAGACAGCUGAAAGCAAGUCUUAUUUUUACAAUAUUCGAUCUAGAGAAACAACGUGGACUAAACCAGAGGGUCCAAAUGUUAAAGUCAUGGUCCAAGAUCAGCUGGAACAAUUGGUACAUGGAGCAUCGAAGCAGCCAGGACGUGAUGGAACUCAAGUUACAGCACCAGGAACAGCAUCAAUGCAACAACAACAAUCACAACAAGUGGCUAUUGGUGAUGGCAGGAUGACAACAAAUAAUGAACAAUCACCAAAUAAUUCAGAAUUAAUUAAUCAAACAACAGCACCACCAGGUACUGGUCCACCACCAAUGUUAACUGAUACAACUGAUACAUUAUUAACACAAAAUCAACAGCCACCAGCUGAACAACAGCAGCAGCAGCAACAACAGCAACAACAACAACAGCAGCAGCAGCAGCAACCACCACCACCUCAAGCAAAUGGUACUGUAGCAUCGCCAAUGGUUAAUGCAAUGCCAGUUGUUAAUACAACAUCAACACCAGCAGUUGCAACAAAUAUGCUUCAACCACCACCAAAUAUGGUACCAAUGCAACAUCGUAUGCCAAAUCAAUAUGGUGCACCAAUGGCAUCACCAUUUACACCAUCACCAUUUGGUAUGCCACCACCUGGUUUUCAAGCAUUUCCAACAUAUGGACCACCACAAACAGCCUGGGGAAUGCCACAAAUGCCACAUACACUUAUGACACAACAAGCACAAACAGAAGAUCCAAUGAUACUUGCACAAUUAGAUGCUGAAAUUGUUGCAAAUGCAAUGGUAUGGACUGAACAUCGUGCACCAGAUGGACGUAUUUAUUUUUAUAAUAGUAAAGCUGGUGAAUCUGUAUGGGAAAAACCACAAGCAAUGAAAGAUUUUGAACAAGCUAAAAUUUCAUUGAGACAAAAAAAUGAUGAUAAUGUUAAUGCUAUGGCUAUUGCUGCUGCUACUGCUGCUGCCGCUGCUGCAGCAGCUGCAGCUGCAUCAACAACAUCAUCAAUUGAUGAUAAACAAUCAGAUAAUGAUACCAAAGAUAAUAGUGGCAAUGGUAAUGAUUUAGAUAAUAAAAAUAAAAAAGAUGAUACACCAAAAGAACCAGCUAAACCACUUGAUAAAUCACGUCCAAUAUCAAGUACACCAGUACCAGGUACACCAUGGUGUGUUGUAUGGACUGGUGAUGGACGUGUUUUUUUUUAUAAUCCAUCAUCAAGAAUAUCUGUAUGGGAAAAACCUGAUGAUUUACUUGGUAGAUCAGAUGUUGAAAAAAUGAUAUCAACUGUUCCUGAGGCAUUAAGUGGAUUAAAAAUUAAUAAAACAACUGAUUCAAGUGAUUCAAGUGAUGAUGAACAACCAACACCAGCUAAAAAAAUUAAACAAGAUGAACCAAAAGUUGAUACACCAAGUGCAACACCAGCUAAAGUUGUUGAAGAACCAGAAGAAGAAAAAGAAGAAAAAAAAACUAUUGACAUUGGCAAAGAAGCUGCUAUUGAGGCAGAAGUUAGAGCUGCUCGUGAACGUGCAAUUGUACCACUUGAUACAAGAAUUAAAUCAUUCAAAGAUAUGCUUGCUGAAAAAGAUGUUUCAGCAUUUAGUACUUGGGAAAAAGAACUUCAUAAAAUUGUUUUUGAUCCUCGAUAUUUGUUGUUAACGUCUAAAGAAAGAAAGCAAGUUUUUGAAAAAUAUGUUAAAGAAAGAGCUGAAGAAGAAAGACGUGAAAAACGUAAUAAAAUGAAAGAAAGAAAAGAACAAUUUCAAAAACUUCUCGAUGAAGCUAAUCUACAUGGAAAAUCAUCAUUCAAUGAUUUUGCACAAAAACAUUCACGUGAUGAACGUUAUAAAAAUGUUGAAAAAAUGCGUGAACGUGAGAGUCUAUUCAAUGAAUAUCUUCUGGAAGUUAGAAAACGUGAAAAAGAUGAAAAAACAUCAAAACGAGAACAGAUAAAAAAGGAUUUCAUUUCAAUGCUGCGUGAACAUAAAGACAUUGAUAGACAUUCACACUGGAGUGAUUGUAAAAAACGUAUUGAAAGUGAUUGGAGAUAUCGUGUUGUUGAUUCAACAAAUACACGUGAAGAUUGGUUUCGUGAUUAUGUACGUUUAUUAAAAGACGAACGUAAAAAAGAUAAAGACAAAGAUAAAGAUCAUCGUCAUCGUGAUAGAGAUAAUCAUAAAUCUGAUAAAAAAGAUAAAGAUAAAAAGGAUAAUGAUAAAUAUAAAGAUAAAUCAACAAAAGAUAAAGACAAAGAAAAAGAUAAAGACAAAGAAUCAUCAUCAUCAUCAACAUCAUCAAAAGAUAGAAAAAGACGUAGUGAAAAUACAAAUGAAGAAAAUGGUAAAGAUUGUAAAAAAUUAUGUGAAAAAGAAGUUGGUGAAAUUUGUGAAGAUAAUGAUGAUAAAGUAACCAAAAAAAUAAAUGAUGAAGAACAUUCGGAUUCUGAGGAGGAUCGUGAAAAAGCUAAACGUGAACGUGAAAAAAGAGCAGAGGCAAGUCUUCGUGAACGUGAACGUGAAGUACAACGAACUCUAGCAACACAUUUACGUGACAGAGAUAAGGAACGACAACAUCAUAGACACACUGAAGCUGUACAACAUUUUAAUGCACUUCUUGCUGACUUGGUAAGAAAUGGAGAUCUUGCUUGGCGUGAAACUAAAAGACAAUUGAGAAAAGAUCAUCGUUGGGAUUUAGCUGAUAGUUUAGAUCGUGAAGAAAAAGAAAGAUUAUUUAAUGAACAUAUAGAACAACUUGGACGUAAAAAACGUGAUAAAUUUCGUGAAUUAUUAGAUGAAGUUGGUGCAUCAACUGAAUUAACAGCAUCAUGGAAAGAUAUUAAAAAAUUAUUAAAAGAUGAUCCAAGAUAUACAAAAUUUUCAUCAAGUGACAGAAAAUGUGAAAAAGAAUUUCGAGAGUAUAUCAAAGAUAAACUAGUUGCAGCAAAAGCUGAUUUUAGAGAACUAUUACAGGAAACAAAGUUGAUUACAGACAAGACAUUUAAAAAAGUACAAGAAAAUAGUUCAUGCUUAACGGAAAUUGAGGAUAUACUUAAAAAAGAUCGUAGAUUUUUAGUACUUGAUGCUGCAGCAAAUGAACGUACUAGAUUAUUAACUGGUUAUCUUGAAGAAUUAGCUCGUAGAGGACCACCACCACCACCAACAGCAUCAGAACCAUCACGUAGACCAACAGCAAAUUAAUAUUGGAAUUAUUAAAAUAUAAUUAAAUACAAAUUGAUAAUGACAUUUAAGUGAACAAAUAUAAUAAAAAUCCAUAGAAGAUUUUUAAAAAAAAAUAUAAUUUCCAAAUAAAUAAAAGUUUAAAACAAUUUAUAAAAAAAUUCACAAUUGUCAUAUUAUUAUAUUACAUAGGAUUCCAUAAUAAAAUGUUUAUUAAUAUUAAUAAAUAAAUAUGAAAAUUUAAA